AUGUUGACUUUGUACGAUCAUGAGAGGUCAACGGAGACAUCCACAAGUACCGAUCGCCGGGACGACACGCCGCCGGAGACCGUCGUGAGAGAUAUCCACGCGAUGACCACAACGGAGCUUCCUCGGCCACAUCAAAGGAGAGAACACUUGUCUCCGUCGAGGUCGAUGAAUUUCAGCGACGGAACUUCUUCUUCCGGCGAGAAUUUCACCACCGUGAGCAGAGAGUUCAACGCUCUAGUCAUCGCUGGCUCUUCCAUGGACAACGGGAAUAACAGUAACCGUGACGUCAUACGUGUGGAAAGGAACGAGCUGAUGACAAGGAUCGGCGAAGAUGAAGAUGGCGUUGAUGGUGGUGGUGGUGGUCAUCAUGAGGUGCCUGAGGAAGAUUCGAAUCCAUGGGCGAUUGUACCGGACGGAUACGAUAAUAACCGGGCCGGUUCGGAGAAUAUCGUGUCGACGACGUCAUCAGGUGGUCAGAACCAUAUGGUGGCGACUGCGUCGGUGCAGAGGGUGAAGAGGGAGGAGGUGGAUGCGAAGAUAACGGCGUGGCAGACGGCGAAGGUGGCUAAGAUUAAUAAUAGGUUUAAGAGGCAAGACGCCGUUAUUAACGGUUGGUUGAAUGAGCAAGUCCAUAACGCAAACUCUUGGAUGAAGAAAAUCGAGAGGAAAUUGGAUGAAAGGAGAGCAAAGGCGAUGGAGAAAACACAAAACAAAGUGGCGAAAGCUCAGAGGAAGGCGGAGGAGAGGAGAGCGACGGCGGAAGCGAAAAGAGGGACGGAGGUUGCUAGGGUUCUUGAAGUCUCUAAUCUCAUGAGAGCCGUGGGACGACCUCCGGCCAAACGUUCCUUCUUCUCUCUCUCCUAG